CGUUGCAAAGCCAACUUGAUAAGAACUACAAUGGCGGUUGUUAGCUAAGAAGAACAAACUUUUUCUUCAAAAAUGGAUCUUCCGUGCUUGCCGUGGCAAGACUACGUGGCCCAGAAGUGGGCCGGACUCGAACCUGAGUUCAAGGAGCAUUUCACGUCCUUGCUGGAGAUCGAAGACAUCUUUAAAAGUGCCUUGAGCGUGACAACGCGGGAUGAUGCGUGCCGCCUGGGGAGCGCCUGUGCCGGACAGGCAGAUGUACACAAAGAUGCAGAGGAGGCGGCCAGGUGCAAGGAACGAGGCAACGCCAGCUUCCGGGACCGGAAGUACUCCGACGCGGCCCUGCAUUACUCUCAGGGUGUUUGCUUCGCCCCCCCAAGUUCUGAGCAUCUGGCUCUUUGCUACGCCAACCGCUCGGCGGCGCUCUACCACCUGCACCACUACCAGGAAGCUCUCGACGACGUGGAAGCAGCCAAGAGGAGCGGGUACCCCGCUCACCUCCUGCACAAGCUGGAGAAGCGCCGCUCACAAUGCGUGGCGCACCUUCCUUCCUCUGACGCCCUGGUGGCGGCGCCCGCAGCCCCGCCCACGUCAGGGCUGAACCCCCACGCUGCCGUUAGCGUCAGCCCGGAGAAAGGUCGCCACCUGGUGGCUGCCAAGAGAAUAUCGGCAGGGGAGGUGAUCCUCAGCGAGAGGCCUUACGGCUGCGUCCUCAUCCCCGGCGCCAAGGUGGCGGCGGACAUGUUUGGGCGCGAGUGCAGGCGCUGUCACAGGUGUUUGAGCCAAACGUCACGUCCGGUACCGUGCGGGGGGUGCGCCUACAGCCGCUACUGUUCCAGCGCCUGCCAGACUCUGGCCUGGGAGGAACACCACCGCUGGGAGUGUCCGCUGGGGCCACACCUGCAGGCGGCGGGCGUGAUGUCGCAGCUCGCCCUGAGAGUGGCGCUGACGGCCGGCGUGGAGGACGUCCAUGCGGCCGCCGAGUCCUCGGAGCGUCCCGAUCACGCCUACACGCGCGUCUUCCGCCUGCUGCACCACGCUGCGCGCCAGAGUCCCGGCAUGCGCUUCCUGUGCGCGGUCACCGUGGCGGCGCUGAGCCUCCAGCUCGCCGCGAGAGGGCCGCCGCCGCCUCGCGCGCCACUGGAGGGGGACGCCGGUGCAGAAUGGCGGCUUCUGGGAAGCGCGGCGCUGAGGCACCUGCUGCAGCUGCGGUGCAACGCCCAGGCCGUGGUCACGCUGCAGCACCAAGGUCCGUCGGACGCCCCCGUGCAGUCCAGCCAGGAAGAUCGUGUGGCCACCGCCCUAUUUCCCACGCUGAGUCUCCUCAACCACGCCUGCUGUCCCAACACCAGCCUGGCGUUCAGCCUGGGCGAACCACCCGGCGUCGUCGCCGUCACCGUGCGGGCGUCCCGGAGCGUGUCUCCUGGACAAGAGGUGACGCACUGCUACGGUCCUCACAGCAGCAGGAUGGCCGCCAGGGAGCGCAGGCGCCUCCUGCUGGAGCAGUACUACUUCCUGUGUGAGUGCGCCGCCUGCGUGCGGGCGGAGGGCGAGCAAGUGCGGCGUGAAGGUGGAACAUCUGGACUGCUGUGUGCUGAGUGCAAAGACUCACCCCUGACGGAGGAGGCAGGAGGACACUUGAAAUGCUCGUCUUGCAGCCGGCUGGUGUCGUCCUCCGAGGUGACACGCAGGCUGCAGGAGGUCCAGCAGGACUUGGACUUGGCCCUGGACCUCAUGGAGAGGCAGAGACCAGCCGAGGCCCUGCUGCUGCUGGCGAGGUCAGACGGGACGCUGGCGGAGACACACCCCCUCCAGGGCCAGCUGGCGGACGCCAUGGCGAGGGCGCACGCCACAAUGGGCCAGUGGCGCCACGCCGCCGCCCACGUGGAGCGCAGCGCCGCCGCCAUCGCCGCCCAGUUCGGGGAGGAGAGCGUGGAAAAGGCUCGCCAACUUUUCAAGUUAGCCCAGCUGCACUUUAACGGCGCCGCCACAAGCUCCGCCCUCGCCGUCAUCCCUCAAGCACGCCGCCUCCUUCGCCGCCACUGUGGACCUAACUGUGCUGAGGUCCAGGAGCUGGGCGCCAUGGAGGACUGUUUACGCCAGUCCUGUCAGUAACUUUCACAAUAAAAGUCCAGGAGCUGGGCGCCAUGGAGGACUGUUUACGCCAGUCCUGUCAGUAACUUUCACAAUAAAAGUCCAGGAGCUGGGCGCCAUGGAGGAGUGUCUACGCCAGUCCUGUCAGUAACUUUCACAAUAAAAGUCCAGGAGCCGGGCGCCAUGGAGGAGUGUUUACGCCAGUCGUGUGAGUAACUUUCACAAUAAAAGUCCAGGAGCUGGGCGCCAUGGAGGACUGUUUACGCCAGUCGUGUGAGUAACUUUCACAAUAAAAGUCCCGGAGCUGGGCGCCAUGGAGGACUGUUUACGCCAGUCAUGUCAGUAACUUUCACAAUAAAAGUCCAGGAGCUGGGCGCCAUGGAGGAGUGUUUACGCCAGUCCUGUCAGUAACUUUCACAAUAAAAGUCCAAGAGCUGAGCACCAUGGAAGACUGUUUGAACAGUCAGUAACUUUCACAAUAAAAGUCCAGGAGCUGGGCGCCAUGGAGGACUGUUUACGCCAGUCGUGUGAGUAACUUUCACAAUAAAAGUCCAGGAGCUGGGCGCCAUGGAGGACUGUUUACGCCAGUCGUGUGAGUAACUUUCACAAUAAAAGUCCCGGAGCUGGGCGCCAUGGAGGACUGUUUACGCCAGUCAUGUCAGUAACUUUCACAAUAAAAGUCCAGGAGCUGGGCGCCAUGGAGGAGUGUUUACGCCAGUCCUGUCAGUAACUUUCACAAUAAAAGUCCAGGAGCUGAGCACCAUGGAAGACUGUUUGAACAGUCAGUAACUUUCACAAUAAAAGUCCAGGAGCUGGGCGCCAUGGAGGACUGUUUACGCCAGUCAUGUCAGUAACUUUCACAAUAAAAGUCCAGGAGCUGGGCGCCAUGGAGGAGUGUUUACGCCAGUCCUGUCAGUAACUUUCACAAUAAAAGUCCAGGAGCUGAGCACCAUGGAAGACUGUUUGAACAGUCAGUAACUUUCACAAUAAAAGUCCAGGAGCUGGGCGCCAUGGAGGACUGUUUACGCCAGUCAUGUCAGUAACUUUCACAAUAAAAGUCCAGGAGCUGAGCACCAUGGAAGACUGUUUGAACAGUCAGUAACUUUCACAAUAAAAGUCCAGGAGCUGGGCGCCAUGGUGGAGUGUUAACGCCAGUCGUCUUCAUCUUGGACUGAACAGACAGUAGUUUUCACAAUAAAAGCGCAUUACGCCGCUCUCUGAGUGUCCAGCCUCAUUUCACGCUGGUGUUAAUCCCUGAUGGCGGCGUAACCGUGCCGACGCAGAGCCCGCCCUUUGACCUUCAGGGGGCAGCGGCCCUCCUUCCGACUGCGACGUGCAAUUUCACGCCCGGGCGGCCGAGAGCUGCUGAGCUCCUCGCAGGUCAGUCACGUCACGCAUUUGCAUUUGUGGAAAUGGUCACAGAAGACCAGCAAACACCGAAUCAAGUCUCCUGGUCUUUUUGACUCAGGUCAGGACAAAGAAGGAAGUGGAUGAAGGUUGAAGUUCCUACAAGAACACUAAACGAUGUACAAUACAUUGUAAAAUGAGUUAAAAAUUUUAGCAUGCUAACAGUUAGCAUUCGUGUCACUGUAAUAUUAAAUGAUUAAAUAUGCUAUUUUUUUCACAGUGAUGGAGCAGGAAGGGGCUAGGAUUAUGUUUGCAAAAAAAAGUGUAAAAUGAAUUAAAAACGUUAGCAUGCUAACAGUUAGCAUUAGUGUCACUGUAACAUUCAAUAUACUUUAAUAUGCUGUGUUUUAGCAGUGACAGAAUAGGAUGGGGCUAGGAAUAUGUUUGCAAUAAAGUAUAAAAUGAGUUAAAAACGUUAGCAUGCUAACACUUAGCAUUUGUGUCACUGUAAUAUUUAGAAUACUUUAAUAUGCUAUGGUUUUAGCAGUGACAAAGCAGGAAGGGGCUAGGAAUAUGUUUGCAAAAAAGUGUGAAAUUAGUUAAAUACAUUAGCAUGCUAACAGUUAGCAUUAUAAUCUACAAUUCAACAUACGAUAAUAAACGAUGGUUUUAGCAGUGACAGGUGGAAAGGGUCUAGGAAUAUGUUUGCAAAAUGAGCUAAAAAACAAAAACAAAGGGUGUACAAUUAGGUAAAAGCGUUAGCAUGCUAACAGUUAGCAUGAGUUCUCCUGUAAUAUUUGAUAUACUUAAAUAUGCUAUGUUUUUAGCAGUGAUAGAGCAGGAAGGGGCUAGGGAUAUGUUUGCAAAAGGAGCUAAAAAAAGUGUCAAAUUUGUUAUAAAUGUUAGCAUGCUAACAGUUCGCAUUACAAUUCAUGUAAUAUUUAAUAUACUUUAAUAUGCUAUGUUUUUAGCAGUGAUGAAGCAGGAAGAGGCUAGGAAUAUGUUUGCAAAAUGAGCUAAAAAAAAAAAGUGUAAAAUUUGUUAUAAACGUUAGGAUGUUAACAGUUAGCAUGAGUUUUCUUGUAAUAUUUUAUAUACUUUAAUAUGCUAUUUUUUUUUUUUGCAAUGAUAGAGCAGAAAGGGGCCAGGAAUAUGUUUGCAAAAUGAGCUAAAAAAAAAGAAAAGUGUCAAAUUUGUUAAAAGCGUUAGCAUGCUAACAGUUAGCAUGAGUUUUCCUGUAAUAUUUAACAUAGUUUAAUAUGCUAUGUUUUAGCUGGAAGGGGCUAGGAAUAUGUUUGCAAAAUGAGCUAAAAAAAAAAAAAAAGAAAAGUGUCAAAAUUUUAUAAAGGUCAGCACACUAAUAGUUAGCAUUAGUAAUAUUUAAUAUACUUGAAUGUGCUAUGUUUUUAGCAGUGAUAGAGCAGGAAGGGGCUGGGAAUAUGUUUGCAAAAUGAGCUAAAAUAAAGAAAAGUGUAAAAUUUGUUAUAAACGUUAGGAUGCUAACAGUUAGCAUGAGUUUUCAUGUAAUAUUUAAUAUACUUUAAUAUGCUAUUUUUUUGCAGUGAUGGAGCAGAAAUUGGCUAGGAAUAUGUUUGCAAAAUGAGCUAAAAAGAAAAGUGUCUAAUUUGUUGAAAACAUUAACAUGCUAACAGUUAGCAUGAGUUUUCCUGUAAUAUUUAAUAUAGUUUAAUAUGCUAUGUUUUAGCAGGAAGAGGCAAGGAAUAUAUUUGCGAAAUGAGCUUUAAAAAAAAGUGUAAAAUUUGUUGAAAACGUUAGCACGCUAACAGUUAGCAGGAGUUUUCCUGUAAUAUUUAAUAUACUUUAAUAUGCUAUGUUUUUAGCAGUGACGGAGCAGAAAGGGGCUAGGAAUACGUUUGCUAAAUGAGCUUUAAAAAAAAAAAAAUCGUCACAUGUGUUAUAAAUGUUAGCAUGCUAACAGUUAGCGUGAGUAAUAUUUAAUAUACUUGAAUAUGCUAUGUUUUUAGCAGUGACAGAGCAGGAAGGGGCUAGGAAUAUGUUUGCUAAAUGAGCUUUAAAAAAAAAGUGUAAAAUUUGUUAUAAAUGUUAGCACGCUAACAGUUAGCGUGAGUAAUAUUUAAUACACUUGAAUAUGCUAUGUUUUUAGCAGUGACAGAGCAGGAAGGGGCUAGGAAUAUGUUUGCAAAAUGAGCUUUAAAAAAAAGUGUAAAAUUUGUUAUAAAUGUUAGCAUGCUAACAGUUAGCGUGAGUAAUAUUUAAUAUACUUGAAUAUGCUAUCCUUUGAGCGAGUUGGCAGUGCAAAUUGCCUGGAAGUGUAAUUCAGUACAAUAGACAUAAAUAUUCAUCAAGUAUGUAAUAUUCAUACUGGACGUGCCAUCUCUCAGCCUCCUGCUCCUCAUGCUAAUGGCUCUCAUAAAUAAAACCUCCAUCACUCUCA